GAGAGAGGAGGUGCGUCCGACCAAACAAACAUAGCCUGGCAACGUGGUCACCUCGCCGCCGCCGGUAGUCCGCGUCGAUUCGUAUAAAUUUCAACGAUGAAGAUCGAGGAGGUGAAGAGCACCGCCAAGACCCAGCGGAUCUCCGCGCACACGCACAUCAAGGGCCUCGGGCUCGACGAGAGUGGCGUGGCCCUCCAGAGCGCGGCUGGUCUCGUCGGCCAGGAAAUGGCGCGAGAGGCAGCUGGAAUCGUUGUCGAUAUGAUUAAGUCGAAGAAAAUGGCAGGACGUGCCGUGUUGCUGGCCGGUCCGCCAGGCACAGGCAAGACCGCGAUAGCGCUCGCCAUCGCUCAGGAACUUGGGAACAAAGUGCCCUUCUGCCCAAUGGUGGGCUCUGAGGUUUACAGCUCGGAAAUUAAGAAGACGGAGGUCCUCAUGGAGAAUUUCAGGAGGGCCAUCGGCUUGAGGAUCAAAGAGACCAAAGAGGUGUUCGAGGGCGAGGUCACCGAGUUGACGCCUGUCGAGACGGAGAAUCCCAUGGGCGGUUACGGUAAAACCGUAGCUCACGUGAUCCUGGGAUUGAAGACUUCCAAAGGCACGAAGCAAUUGAAACUGGACCCUUCCAUAUACGAGUCCCUGCAAAAGGAGAAGGUGGAAACUGGCGACGUAAUCUACAUCGAAGGCAAUAACGGGGCGGUGAAGAGGCAGGGUCGAAGCGAUAAUUUUGCUACGGAAUUCGACCUGGAAGCGGAGGAGUAUGUUCCCCUGCCGAAGGGCGACGUGCACAAGAAGAAGGAAGUUAUUCAGGACGUAACGUUGCACGAUUUGGACGUUGCUAAUGCCAAGCCGCAAGGGGGACAGGACAUAAUGUCCAUGAUGGGACAAUUGAUGAAACCCAAGAAAACUGAAAUCACAGAUAAGUUGCGGAAGGAGAUAAACAAAGUAGUGAACAAGUAUAUCGAUCAAGGCAUUGCUGAGUUAGUACCAGGAGUAUUGUUCAUAGACGAGGUUCAUAUGCUAGACAUAGAGACGUUUACCUACCUACACCGCGCCCUGGAAAGUGCUAUAGCGCCGAUCGUCAUUUUCGCGACGAAUCGUGGCCGCUGCGUCAUCAGGGGAUCCGAGGACAUCAGCUCUCCGCACGGCAUACCUCUCGACCUGUUGGACCGUCUUCUCAUUAUAAGAACUCUUCCAUACUCUAGACAAGAGAUCGAACAAAUAGUAAAACUGAGAGUCGUUACGGAAAGUUUGCAAAUCGACGACGAAGCUCUGUCCGUCCUCGGCGAACUCGGCACGAAGACUACUCUGAGAUAUGCAGUGCAACUGUUAACACCUGCUGCUCUGACGGCGAGAGUCAAUGAGAGAACCAGCAUCAAGAAGGAGGACAUCGAGGAAGUCAAUUCGCUCUUCUUAGACGCUAAAUCGUCCGCCAAGAUACUAGCGCAAAAUCAAGACAAAUUUUUGAAGUAAAACUUAAUCUUAAUGUAACUUAUUUCCCCCACAUAUCCGUCGGACAAAGAAUAAUUAAUCAUUUGUCGAUUGCGUCCUAAUUUUCUCAGUUCUUUGAUUAGUUAUCCUUAAUUACAAUUAAUUAAGACAAUUGUUUUAAGUGUACAUAUAAUGUUAAAAUCUAUUAUAAGAAAACAAUCUUAUAUGUACUAGAACAUUUCUCAUAUAAAUUGAUCUAUUUUACGUACGAAUGUUGCUUUCAAUAACAUCUCAUAAAUAAAAAAUCUUUUAAAACGUA